GAAGAACCGCACAAAAUCCGCGCAGCCUUCCGCCUCGCGUGCGUGUCUUCCUUCGUGCUGACAUUCAUCAUGGACUUCUUGAUUCCGAUGCCAAUGUUCUUCUCCCAUUACGUCUUCAGUAAAGGCUUCUUUACGGCCUGGGUCGUGAUUAGCUUUAUUUGGGUCUUUUGUUCGAGUUUUGUGAGUACCGCGUUGCCGAUUUGGGAAGUUAGGGGGUUUUUUGCCGAGUUCUUUAGGGAGGUUGCGGGGGAUUUGGGAGUGAAGCGGUAG